GCACUUUAAAUAAGUCUUUUCGGGCACCAUGGUGUCUGUUUAGUAAAAGUGCGGGGUUGCCAUGUGUUAGUGGGCAUCUACAGCAAAGACCUUAUAGGUUGGAAGUGAAUUGAAGCCUCGGACUGUACGAGCCGCUCAAAGCCCCGACGGGCGUAUCAGGAUGCCGGGGCUGUGAUGAUUGUGAUUCCUUGAAGGCGUCCGCAGACGGAACAUGCUGUCGGAGGAUGGAAGCGGACGACGUGUCGGUUAGAGAGCAGCUCUUCCACGACCGUGUUCGAGAGACCAUAAUCUUUGUGCUCUUCUUCGUUUGUCUCUACAUUCUUUCCUACCUCGUCAUCACUCACUACAAGAAGAAUGCAGAGUUUAUGACAGAUGACAGCGAAGAUGCGACAGUGAACAGAAUUUCGCUGUGGCUGUGCACCUUCUCCCUCUCCGUGUCAGUGGGCGCCGUCCUCCUGCUGCCCCUCUCCAUCCUGUCCAAUGAGGUCUUGCUGUUUGUCCCUGACAGCUACUACAUACAGUGGCUCAAUGGCUCCCUUGUGCAUGGACUGUGGAAUCUCAUCUUCCUCUUCUCCAACCUCUCCCUGGUGUUCCUCCUGCCCUUCGCCUACUUCUUCACCGAGUCCGAAGGAUUUGUAGGCUCCAAGAAGGGCGUGAUGGGCCGUGUCUAUGAGAGCGCCGUGGUGCUCCUGCUUCUCAGCCUGCUGGUCCUGGGUAUGCUGUGGCUGGCGUCUGCUCUCACCCACCACGACGUGGCCAGGGAGAGCCUCAAUGACCUGUGGGAACGCUACCUGCCCUACCUGUACUCCUGCAUAUCCCUGUUCGGAGUCCUGCUGCUGUUGCUGUGCACGCCCUUCGGGCUGUCCCGGGUCUUCAUCGUCACAGAGAGCGUCCUGGUGAAGCCCCGGCUGCUGGAGAACAUUGACGAGACUGCAAGCUGCGUGGCGUUUGAGGAAGCCUGUCUUUCCAAGAAGCUGGCAGGCAAAUCUUCUUGCUGGAUCAGCGUCAACCUGGAUAUCCUCAAGAAUCAGUUUCUCUCCAUACAAGCCAGGCGGGUGUCUCUAGAGCUGAAGAGGAAUGCAUCUCCCUGGCAGCGGAACGUGGGCUACCCACUGACCUUGCUGCUCCUGCUGGGACUGACGGUACUCUGUGUUCUGAUAGUUAGCUUCCAUGUGCUGGAGCUGCUUUUCGACGAUACUGCCAUGCCCCGAGGAAUGGAGGACCCCCUCUUAGGAGCGGCCUCGUUCUCCAUGUUUGGCUCGUUCGGUGCCGCUGUGCAGGUCAUCCUUAUCCUAUACCUGAUGGCAUCGUCGGUGGUAGGCUUCUACAGCCUGCCCCUCUUCACCAGCCUGCUGCCCCGUGUUCAAGACACCACCCUGACGCAGAUCAUUGGGAACUGCGUGUCCUUGCUUAUGCUCAGCUCCGCUUUGCCGGUCUUCUCCCGCACCCUGGGAAUCACGCAUUUUGACCUGCCAGGGGACUUCGGACGGUAUGAUUGGCUGGGCAACUUCUACAUCAUCUUCUUGUACAACAUGCUGUUCGCAGGGCUGACGUCAGCCUGCCUCAUGAGGUCCAUCACGCGGGCUAUGCAGCGGGAACUCAUCUGCGCUGUGGGGCUACACAGGCUACCUUUGACAAUGUCUCGUCCUAAAGUCCCCUUCAAGAUACUGACUCAUGGACUUUCAAAAAUCCAGUGACACGUCACUGACCUUCACACCCAUGUCUCACUGCACGCCUUUCACUUUCUGGACUUUGUUUGUUUGUUUUGUUUUUUUUUUUACCUCCCGUUGACAACAUCCAUCUAACUUGGACAGCGUCUCUUAGGCAGAAUGAACGUUAAUCAUUCUGCCACCACAGCUGUAACAAUUAUGGAGCUCAUUAAGCAGUGACGUUAAACCAGACUUAUGAGAUGGAGGAGCAGAUGGACAGUGCAGACCUAGGACAGGGACCAAGUAUAUCUGCUUCCUCACAUCACAACGGAUUAUUUGAAAGAUGGGUGGAAUCAAAGGAAACUAUUGUACAAUAUUGAAUAUUUAGUGUAGUGAAGCUUGUUUGAUCGGUGGUACACUUAAUGCAUUGUAACAAUACUUUUGUCGUUCGGUAUAUUAGGGAUUACCCAAUAUAUAUUAUAUUAUUGUUACCCAAAGUUCCUUCCUCUCUGAAUGGAUUCUUUUGACCUUGGUAAGAAGCCAGUGUUGCACCACCUCCAUCAGUUUUCCAUGGCCUUUCCAGACCAGGGCUUCCCCCAUCCUUUCAUCACCUGGAUACAAUUUGAUGUCAUUGCCAUUUUUGGUGUUUAAAAUGUGUGCUAAUUUUACUCUUGUAGGAAUCAUUUCAGGCUUCUUUCUGCUGCUGUGCCUGUUGAAUAACUCAGACCUGAAGCGUCUUAGGGUUCAUCCUGUCUAGUACUUUGGUCUUUCUCUAUAAACUUGUGAGUGUUUAUCAAAAUAUUUCAAUUAUCCUCGUCUGUAAUGUGCAGUGUUAUAAUGCUGGGAUGUGUACCAUGCUCUUAAACCACUGUUAGAAACCUCACAUUUUGAAAUUUCCAAUCUUCUGUGACCAUUUAUUCUGUGGUAUUCUUAUGCGCCUCAGUAGCGGGGCACUAAAAUGCUGUAAAACCAGAUCGGUACAAGGCAGCUUGGCUUUCCCGGGUCUGUCCUAUGCACACGUUUUAUGCACUUUGGGUGUUUGAAAUUUGUUUGCGCAAUGAAAUUUGACUUUUGUAUUAACUGUGAAAAAGAGAUCCUAAUUAGCUUUUUGACUGCUGUGAUGAGGGGGGAAAUGCUAGUUUAGUGUAAACAAAAAACUGGAAUCUGUGAAGGGAAAAAAUAUAAUGCCAUAAUAUCCAAAAGCCAUUUUGCAAAGUAACUAAAAUUCUCAAUAUUGGAACAGCAGUAAAAAAAAAUGUAAUAACAGGUAUAAAAUUGUCAUCCUUUUGUUUAUAUUUGUACAGUGUUAGCUUUGCUUUUAAACUGUGAAUAAAAUAUGAAAAUUGUGUACCUUUAUUUAAUAAAAACGUAUUUUUUUCAAAACUU